UUGCUUUCAUUGGAUAAAGAACAAACUGCAUGUGAGAAACAAACUUAAAAAAACUGUGCUACAGAAAAAAUAUCAUAUUUGGCGAAAUCACCUCAGGAAGUGAGCUGAGCGCAUACAUCCAAUUAACGGCAGAUCAGAGUGCCUUGGGCUGAAAAGCUGAGCCUUCGGUGUUGACAUUUUAGUGGUCAAAGUAAAGAGAAUGAAAGAUGGCGGUGAAGAUAUUUGUCUCAUUCUGUUCUAUCUGCGGUCUUUUACUAUUCUUCAGUAUUAGAAUCACUGGAGGAAAUCCGAAAAUUGUAAUGUAAGUCUUUCACCUUUUCCUGUUCUUACUAUAUUUAUAUCCUGCCUCCUUGAGGUUUAGUAUACCAAACUUGCGGCAAAUGAUUUCUCAAACUUUGGCAUACUAGGGUACGAGACUGGGCACAUCGAAUCGGAGAUGGGGCCUCCAAUUUCACCGACGAAUUAACCGGCGCAAAGUACUUACAACAGGUAUCUGAAGACCUCUGAAAGAUUUGUCUUUUCUCGUUUUACAUGUCUCUGUCUUCCUUAUUGAUGAGCUAUUAGUGUAUUCACAAAGUUUAUUGAACUUGCAGAUUUACGAAAAUUUGACAUUUUUACCAGCGGACGUCGAUGGAAGGGAAGUUCUUAUCAGAAUGAAGACAGAAAUGGAGGCUUUUUUUAGUAGUAAAACAUCGUCAUUAAAGGUAAGAAGAAUCUUUACCGAGAAUUAAGCUUAGAUAUAUCCGGCGUACAAUGUUUACAACAGUUGACAGCUUACAACUUUAACCUCUGACGCGGUCGAUUUCGGAGACACUGUAGAUAUUUCGCUGGUUGACCGAUCGUACUCAACUUUAUCAUUUAUUUAUUUUUUUGCGAUGUUACAUUCGUCACAUCUUUUUCUCUGAUUUUUUUUUUAAAUGGAAUAUUCAUAAGCCUUAUAUUUUAUUUUUCCUUCCACUGUGAACGGGUUAAUUAUUCACAACAGCUGAAAAUGUUUUGUCUUUCAACGAUGCUUUUAAUGAAUGUCCCGUCAUGAAAUUGCGAAGAAACACAAUGAUUGUUUUCUUAUCGUACGAUACAUCUUCAAAUUAAAGUGUGCUAAGGAUGCAUUGAAAAAUUUCUGUCAAUAUAUUUUUUAAUUCGCGCGUUAAAAAUUAUUGUAUCGAUAAAUUUCGUUAACUUGAAUAUUCUGCAAUUUAAGUAGGUAAGAUUGAAAAUAGAGCAGUCCGGGAAUUCAUAUUUUUAACCUUACUGUGGAAUAACCGCAGUUGUUUUAUCGUUCUUGAAAACGAAUUGUGCUAAUAAGAAAUAAAAUGUUCGCGAAGGUUGAUUUCUGGCCUGAAGGUACAUGUGCAAUCUCCGAUCCCCCGCACGGAAUAAAUUUCAUUUGUUUAUUGUGAAACUUGGUGGUGUUGAAUAAGGUGCAUGAAAAAUGUUGAUGAUUUGAGCAAAUGUUCGUAUUAUUUUGUCUCCAGGAUGAAAUUGAAAUAUAUAAUUAAUUUAAUUUUGAGUAAUAUUAUCAAAGUGCCCAUUGGAUAAUGUUUUUUCACAACAACAAAAUGAUCAUUGUCUUCGUUAACAGUUUAUGUAAACACGUUUAAUUUUGAAGUGGUGCGUCAAUCUCGUUUCAUUUGCUCCAAAAAACUAUCUAUAUUUCUAGUUAUAUGUGGGAAUCUUUUAGUUUCUGUAAGGCUGAAUGUAACAUUAUGAGCUAUAUAUCUUAGUGACUGAACAGUUAAUUUUAUUUGUGUGUAUUUCAAAUAAUUAACAAUUAUUGGACGAGGUUGAGCAAAAUAUCAUGAUUUGUCUGUGGGGAGCAGAUCAAUUAUUUGCGGAAGCCGAAUUAUUGUUUUAUCAUUCGAUCACUGAGUUUGUUUUUUUAAUGAAUAUCCUUGGGAAGCGAAGCCAUGAUCUGCCAUUUUCACGCAACAGUGAUCACAAGAAGGAGAAAAGCACGCUUUCCAUUAUGCAUGAGCAGAAUAUUAUUUGCAGCCAGACACUGUUGGACGGCAUUGCACAUGAGCAGACCAUUAUUUGUAGGCAGUUAUUUGCAGGUCACGUGGUGGGCUCUCGGCCAAAUGAAAAGAAAGAAAAAUUUGCUUCGAAUGAUAAUUUAAGUUAACAACUUAAUCGCUUAACUAUGUGGUCCAAGAUAAAAAUACAUAUUCUUUGGCAGUAAAUGGGAAUAAAGGUUGUUGGGUGCACCCUGGGGUAAAACAAGGGUGGCAGCAACACACCCGAUAAAGUGCAUGCAAUAAGGGUGGCAGUGACACACCCUAAACGGAGUAGAGGAAUAAGGGUGGCAGCGACACACCCUAGUAAUAUACGUAAUGGAAUGAGGGUGGCAGCAACACACCCUAGCAAUGAGCAAUGCAGUGGGGGUGGCAGCAACACACCCUGCACGGUAAUGGACGCAUAACUUAGUAUUGAUUACAGCUACUAACAAUGAAGACAUGUUAUCACAGAAGCUUGUAGAAACAACUGAAGGUCAGUUAUUGAUCAUGAUGUAAUCUAUGAUAUACAAGGAGCUCUUGAACCAGAGCUGAGUCAUGCAAUGUUCCUUUAUGUGCAAUAGCAACAUAUUUGCCACCCAAGGCAAAGUAAUUCAUAAUGAAAAACAAUGGCUGAAGUACACUCUAAUUAGUUACCUCUAUUUUACAAGUAAAAUGUCCAAGAGUUUCCUACAUCCAGCUGGUAUUAAAACAGCUUGAAAAAAAUUUCACAGCCGAAGUCACUAUUAGUUUUUGUAUAUAAUUACCUCUAAUUUCUAACUUAGGGUUUGAAUGCUAACUUAAUAGUUUAAGGAGAACUGCAAAGGAAAAGGAGCAAACACAAAGACCUCCAGGAUAAAAUUCUCCUGAUGUGGAAGAACUAAAAAAGAUAUAGACUCAAGGCUCCUUUUGUGCACUGAAUGACUAGUCCUUGAAAAAUGUGAAAUAUGUCCUUGAAAGUCCUUGAAAAGUCCUUGAAAAGUCCUUGAAUUUUUUAUUCAAAAAAGGGCACGAACCAAGUACUUUAUUGAUGUUUCAUUGAUGCUAAUAAGCAGAAUGAUAUUAAAAUGAGUAGCAUAUGUUAAAUGCUACUGCUGAAUAAUUACUGUUCAUUAAAAAUAUCAGCAGAGCUCCACAUGCUUGCCAAGAGGGCCCAAGCAGACACACAGCUAAGAAAAAUUGGUUAUCUAUCCAGCAUCAGCGUACAUAGAGCUCCAUUAUACAGUGAGACACAGCAGUUAAAACACCUGACAUGCACCAAUGACUAAAAUCCUUCUGGGUUCAAUAAUACUGACCAGGCAGGCCAUGACUGUCCCUCAUGAUCAGUGGACACCGACAAUCCUUAUACCUGGCAAUUUUGCUACCCCAUACUAGAGUUAACUCUCCAAAUCCCCCCUAUCCUAGAGUAGCUGUUUCCCUAGUCUGGAUAAAAUCUUCAACCAACUGAUCAGUUUCCUGAAAAAUGAUACCCUAUUCUAGACCCAAACGGUCUGAUUUAUAUACCCUAUCCUAGAGUAAACUGCUUGAAAACCAUACCCUUCACAGCGGCACACACCUAUAUAGCCCAUAUAUGGCAGUAUCCCCCCCCUCCGGGUUGAAUCAUAAGCUACCAAUAAUUUAUUCUAUUAACUUUGAAUACAAGAGUAACCUCUAGUUUCAUUCAAAUAGAUGCUAUUUCUGGCUGAACAAUAAACCUUAAAUUAGCUAAAUUUUGCAUUUAUCCUAUUUUAUCCUUGCUGUCAAUAACAUAUACCCUGAAAGGCCAUCAUGUUUAAUUAAGGUAUUAGAACUGCUAUAAAGUGAAAAAUUGAUCAUGCUUAUAAAAUCACUCAUUUGAAAUGUAUUCUUAACCUGAAUACAAAUUCCAAAAAUGAAGCAUUUUUGUUCAAUAAAAGCCAAGAAAAUAUUUUGGAAAAUUAUAUUAAUAAUUACUGAGUUAAAAUCUGACGCCUUGCAAGGUCAAUGACAGAUAAGCCUGCAGUUAAAUGACAAAUUAUACAAAUGACCGUGUCGCUAAGGCUAAAACAUUGUUUGCACAUGCCGUAUUGAGAGCAUGUCAUCAACCAAGUUCAAGCAAAGAUUUUCGCAUUGUCUUGCCUCAUUCCGUGCUACAAUCGAGUCAGUGUCACAACAAACAUUAAGAACAGCGGUUUAUUCACAAGAGUUCAACAAAGUAAACAGUGUAGUGCGUUGAAAAUUUAGAGCGAAUUUAGGGCAAUUUUGCGGCCGUGUUAGACCACACUGAAAACAAAUUGAUGUAAAAAGAUGAGGAUUUAUAAUACUGAGCUGAAACUUGCAAGAUUUAUUGCAUAAGGUCAAGGAAAAACGUCUUAAAUUCCUGGCAAUAAGGGAAAAGCAGUUUUGGAAUUUUUUGGUUACUGCCCGCAUGAAGUUACAAGGUGUUACAAAAAAAUUUCACCAGUACAUCAAGGAAAAAUUGACUAGCAAUAUAUUAAUGCCGGGAAUCAGUAAAGGUCAACUAACAAUCUAAGUGUAAGUCAGUUCAAAUUUAUGUUUUAUUCCUAGUUAUCUAGGGAAAGCCAGAAAUAUGCAAUAUUAUUCUUGAUUUUUUGAGCCUGCAAUAUAAAUUGGAAAUCAUACUUUACCAGAAGGUGUGAAAAUUGACACCUCAGAUAUCAAUUUUCUGAAAGCUCAGGUCUUGCUUGAGAGACUUGAGUCAUUUUUAUUUUGGGAAAUUCUUUAUUAUUUGAGAAACAAAUUUUUGAAGUGAACGGGUUUAAGGCAGAUUUAAUUAACCCUAAACUAGUUUUUGAUAGGUGUGUGGUAAAUAGUAUAAGGACUUGAGUUGCUGUCAUCUAAAAGCAACAUUAUUUUGUACCUGAAAAACUAAUAAUAAAAAAAAAUACAUGGAAUAAAAUGAACAAUACAUACAGCAGGGUGCAAAGAAAGUCAGUUUUACAGCUUGCCAUGCGGGUAAGCUGUAGGUAGCUUAUACUAUCUGACCAAGAGUCAUUUCAACUAGCCCCCAAAAAUUUUUUGCUGAGCAAGACAAUUAUUUUGUAAUUUGAAUUACCCAAAUAACUUCACUUGCCCAUUUGUAACAGAAUUCACUCAUGCAUUAGAGCAAAAUCUACCAGUCCCGGGCUAUCAGACACCUCUUUCUUUGCACGUUGCUCAUUAAGGCAACAUCUCAAAGGCUUGGAAGAUCAACUGAAGGCUAUGUGUUUUAUGUAGCCAGUGGCUGUAGUUUUUGAAAAAUAUGUCUUACUUUAAGAAAGUAGUCUCUGCUGUUGUGCAGAGUCAAAUUGGUUACCUUUUAAUUUGUUUUUCUAAUUUGUUUCUUGUAGAAAUUAGUGGAAAAGGCUGAGGAUUCGUACUGCAAGUACAAAUACAAUAAAAACUUACAGGUAAGGUGAUGGUGUGAUGGUGAAGUUAUAGUCAUAAACAACAGACUUGUGUAGUACGAGACACAGAAAGUUGCAUCACUGUGAAAACUAUAUAAAUCAAAAUUUGUUUCCAUCUGAGCUCUCAAUGUUGACAUGACGGAACCAGAUAACAAUCAUACUGUUUUUUUUCUGACUUACCUGCAGGGGUAGAUAAUAAAGAGUCAAUUAUUAGUCUUUUGCAUUAAUUUUUAGGCCCCUCCUUUUUGCGAGCAGAUGACAAGGAUAAAUGGACAAAGUUUAAAACUGACAGACAGGGACAUAUACAUACCCCAUCUUUCUAAGAGUGUGUUAUACUGAUUGUUUCUUAUUCUUAAAUUUAGCUUGGCAACAUUGAUUAUCCAAAUGCAAAAGAUCUUGAAAAAUAUUUAAAUACAUCUGGCCUGAGGCUUGAACACAGUGCCACCUUUCAAAGUGAAGUUAGCUUUAACAAGAGUAUGAUCCAUGUCCCAACUGAUGUGUAUGAUGGAGGUAGGAUUUAAAAGUAUAUUGUUAUUAUCAUUAAUUUUUUGCUUUGCUUACUGAAGAGUAACAGCUGGGCAGCUGUGGCCUAAAGCCUUUUAAAUGGUAUAAAACACAGACUGUAGACAGCAGGUUACACACUGAGGGCUGGGUAAGGACCAAUUAUAGGUACCAGGUUUUUUCUCAAUUAAAGCUUUGCAACAGUCUGGAGUGGGGGAACACUGAAACCUUGCAGGAAAUCUGAAAUUAAAGUUUUGCAAGGGAUAGCACCAAUGCAGUAUGAAACAACGAUUAAGGAGCUUUUUAUGUUAAGGUGUUGGCCACUGGUCAGUAGCUUCAAUUUCUGCGAGUCUUUGCUGAAAUACAGGAAUGUUUUCUCUCAGUAUAAAGCACUGAGAAAAUUCACGUUAAUGUCAAAUUAAAGACACUCACAGGCACUCUAGGUUUUCUUCAAAAUCCUGCCAUAAAGUAAUAACAGUAGAUCGUAAGCCUGGAAGAACAAAUUCAUUGAGAAGCCUCUGAAAAUUCGUUGGUGUACUGUAAAGGCCAAAUGGAUAUCUGGAUGUUGAUGAGUUAUUAACAGCUGGCUAUACCAGCCAAAGAAUGAUUUUAAAGUCAUUACUUUUUUGCACUUGUCACAUCAUAAAUUCCACCUUUAGCUGAUGCAGAAAUGUUUUUGGGAUAGUAGUAGGUCAGGGGCACCCAAUGUCAAUUUUCGGAAAAUAUCUGUUUGGAAGAUGAUUUGAGAUCUAGAAUUUUUGGAACAUUUGUUGUAAAAUUUAUUGCUUGCCUGCCUCUCGUAGGAUUUUCUAACGUCUAAAAACUGGUAUAAUAAUAUUGUCCAUUUUUUAACGGAUUUUUACCCUAAAAAGGUCACCAAGAAUUUUCGGAGCUUUUUUUCUGGCUGAAAUUUUUGAAAAGGUAAGUUUUGAACCCAGUAAUUUUUGGAUCGCUAGACUUUCACCUUGGAAAUCUGAACAGAUGAAAAAUUUUUAGGGGAUAAAAAUAUCCCUAUAUCUACUGUUCAAAUACUAAAAUACGUUUAAGCAAUGAUAUGUUUAAGUGGUUUUGAACUCUAUUUUCGUUGGGUGCCCUUGGUAGGUGUUAUCCACGGAAUGCACCUGUUUUUGUGCAGCAUCUUAGCAACAUAUGCUGGUGUACUGUCUUCUCUUGUUAACUGGUAACCCCCCCUGGUUCUUUGAUUCUUGAUAUAUGAUGGGUCAGUUCAUCAUUCUGUUUAUGUUCAGUGGUUCUGACUAAUUUAUCAACAGAAUUGACCAAUGGCAGAUCAGCAAAUUGAACACAGGAAACCAUGUUCAUUCCUUAGUGUGUGCUUUUGCAUUCUUAAUUGACACCGCCUUGUCUUUGCCAAAUCUACCUUAUGUUGUUUCAGGAGGGGCUGGACCAUGUGGCUGAUAGCUAAUUCCACUUGCAAUUUACAUGCCAUUAUUUGUUUUUAUGGAGGGGCAAAAUGUUUUGAUAUGCUAUAGUGUUCUUAAAAUCUAGUGUUAAUGCUUCCUCUUUCCAGUCUAGUUGUGAUUCAAAUCAAUUUAUAUGCCCUGUAGUAGCUUUGGUGUACCAGUUUUGUUAUCUGAAAUUAGUAAGUUGAAUUGUUUUAAUUAAGUUGACAUAAUAAAUUUAAUUUGCAGCGGCAGAAAUUGUGAAUGGAAUCCAGUGGACAUCUUCUCUGGAUGGUGUAUUUGACAGGAACAGCAAUGAUGAUCCCACUUCAUCAUGGCAGUAUUUUGGGUCGGACAAAGGUUUUAUGAGAGUAUAUCCUGGUAAUUGAGACAUGCAUGUAGACCAAUUUUAAUCCUUACACCCUAUCUUUUGCUACCUAAAAAGCCAAACUUGUUUUUAAGAUGUAUUACGUAGUGUGGGUUCCAGGAAAUUUUUUUCUAUUUCCCUUGAAGAAGGUCAUUUAGACUGAAAAAUCUCUUGACCCAAACUUUGAAAGGGAGAGCAUUUUUACAACUAAACUAUAUUGGUGAAGUCUUUUUUGGGUGGAGCCUAAAGGGGGAUGAAAGAAGGGAUAACUUUAAUUGCAAUAUAGUUUUAGAAUCAUAUUAAAGGACCAUCAAGUUCAAACAGUUUGCAGUAGGAACCAAGAAAAUAGGAGGGGAACUUAAAGUGGACUAUAUCUACACAGUGACUGUAAAUUCGGUAUGUUACCGGGGUAUUAUUCUUUAGUGAAUAGGCUCUGUCUCAUCUCCUACUGUUCACUCCCAUUUCUGUUUAAUCCUAAUGUGGAACACCUCAGGUAGGCUCAUAAUAUCCACAUGCUAACAAGAAGUUUGAGCACAAAUGUUUUUUUUUUAAUUUUAAUUUUUUUUUCCUUUUUGUUACUCUUAUUAAGCUAAACCCUGGGACACUAGUCCUAGUCAAGUAGAUUUAUUUGAUGCAAGAAGAAGACCAUGGUAUAUUCAAGGUGCAACAUCUCCAAAGAAUGUCAUCAUUCUUAUUGAUGCAAGUGGAAGUAUGCAUGGUGUCCCAAUGAGGAUAGCGAAGCUCUCUGCACAAAACCUUAUUGACACUUUGGGUGACAAUGACUUCUUUAACGUUGUCUAUGUGAGUAUACUUUCUGUCAUAUUUCUAUGCAGUGAUUUUGGUGUACACAUUGUUGGCACAUGAUAUGAAGCUGAAAAGGACAGAUUGAAAUUUCCUUUGAAACAAUGCAGUAGUUGUGGUAACAUAAAUUCUAAGAUAGAAAAUUUCAUGAAAAUAAAAUAAUUAAGUUUGAAUAUCCAUUACAUUUGACCAAACUCAUUUGUGAAAGUGAAACACGAUACAAAUGUUCUCUUAACCCAUUCUGUCCUAGGAAUUUUGCUGAAAAACACGUUUUGAAGCUAGUCAAGUGGUUUUCUGGUCACUGUCUGGCUUUUAAUAACUAAAACUUACCACAAAGCCAUUUACAGGCCAUGUACUUGAUGUACAGAUGCAAAAUAUUAGUAUCUGAAGUUCAGGCAUGCACAUAAAAGAAAAUUUCGAGAUAGCUUUUGGGUUUAAAAGUGACAUAGCAGUCUUAAUUUUUUUCUUUUCACUGUUCUUGGCUUAGUUUUUUCUUUUAGUUUAUUUGGGUGGGACGUUUUUGGGAAAGCUUUAAGGAUCAUGUUAGGAUUAAAUAGAAGGAAAGGUGGGAGGGGAGUGAACAAUAUUUUCAUGGUAAUUUUCUUGUCAAUCAGUUUCCAUGGUUUUUUGCCUUUUUGUCAAGCCUCCUUUACGGAAUCAUGCUCAAAGUUGAACUGUCCUUGACUGUUAAAACUGAUGAUGUCACAAGCAGUAGAAGAGACGUGAAAUUUUGUGCAUGGGUGUUUACUUUCGGUUCAGGGGCAAAUGGGUUAACUGAAGCUUAUGCUCUAAGUCACCUCCAUUUUCUCUGUGAAAGACUUCUGUCAUCGAAAUUCAUUGCCAAGAACAUUUCUUUUAAUUUGCCCAAGCAACCCAAAAAACAAUUUAUUAAACUCACCAGGUUUUUCACUGUUUUGUUUGGUUCUGGUUUCAUUUCUAGGCAACUGCUAUAACCAACCCAAUAUAAUCAAAAUAUACUGGAGCAAAACUAAAAUCAGAACAUGAUUAGGGAUCCCGCAUCCAUACCAAAAUUCAUGUGCAAUGUGGCCUGUUUCACUAGGGAUUAUUUUUGAGAUAUUUUCUUUUGUUGCUGUUAGUUUAAUAAGGCUGCUUAUGUGCUAUGCUGCUCUGAAUCUGGUCCUACAUUAUUACAAGCUACCAGGAAAAAUAAAAUGGUAAGUCUUAAAGAGAUUACCUGCAUUACAAGUGUUAUUUUUUCAGGGGCACCCAACGGUAAUUUUCGGAAAAUAUCUGUUCGGAAGACGAUUUGAGAUCUAGAAUUUUCGGAACAGGUGUUGUAAAAUUUCUUGCUUGCCUGCCUCUCCUAGGAUUUUCAAACAUCUACAAAAUGGUAUAAUUACCCAUUUUUAACGGAUUUUGGCCCUAAAAAAGGCCACUUAGAAUUUUCGGGAGCCUUUUCCUGGCUGAAAUUUUCAAGAAGCUAAGUUUUUAUCCCUAUAAUUUUCGGAUCAAUAGACUUUCAGCUAGGAAAUCCGAACAGAUGAAAAGUUUUUAGGGGAUAAAAAUAUGCCUAUAUCUACCGUUUAAAUACUAAACCACGUUCAACAAUGCUGUGUUAAGUGCUUUUGAACUAUAUCCUCAUUGGGUGCCCCUGUGUUUUGGCAUCUUUCAGGCAAACUCAAAAUGCACUCUGAAUAUUAUAUCUUUGCACUUACAGCUAACAUCAGCUGUUUUGGAAAUCACAUUUUCAAAUAAACUACUGAACACUUGAAGUUUCUUUUAUCUUGUUGGGUCAUGCAUGCAAAUCAAGGAAAAUCCAUUUAUCUGUCUUUGUUCUUUAACUUCCUGGUUAUAUCUGUAAGUUGGAAUUAUUCAAGUCCUCAUUCAAAUAAUUUUAUUGCACCUUGAAUUCUCUACUUAGAAUGGAGGCACAAACAGUGAAGAGCUAAGUGGUUUAACUGUGAUUUAUUAUUUGACCUUUGCAUUGUAAAUCUUUAUAUUUUUUAGUACGUCAAGAAAAAGUUACAGGAGAUAGUUGAUCGUGAAGUUGCUAUGUGGAAACUUGGCAUGAGCAAAGCCUUUGAACUUUUACGAGAGGUAAAACAGUUGAAGCAUGUCAAAACUUUUUCCCUUUAUAGCAGUCUUAAUUUCGUUCUACAACCAUCAUUAUUUUUAGUAGGAUUAAUAUAAUUGAGUUGCGAUAAUUUGUUAACAGCUAAAGUGAAUUCAAUUUUGGUGAUCAGUUCAUUGGUUGAUUCACAGUCAUUACGGCCCUGAAAUGAAAAAAUUGUUCCAAAUUAAUUCACACAAGGUCUCUGACUGACUUAUCAUUUAUGAUUACAAGAAGAAUUCCAAGGCCAAUGUGACUAUAAACAAGUUCUCUCCAAGUCAGACCAAUCUGGGAUGAAAUAUAACAACCUGGCCAAAGAAACUCAAGCAUAUCAAAAUUGAUUCAAUUUUUGAGACAUAUAAUAAUGAUAAUAAGUAUACAUUUAUAUAGUGCAAACUUUAAGAUGAAUUUUCAGUUGCACUUUACAGUAUUUCUAAAGGGAAUUUAAAAUCUGAAAAUAUUAUUUUGAAAUAAUAUUAAAACUAAGAAAACUAUUUACAUCAGGAUAGCAUUUAAGGCUUAUAAUGAAGGACCAAUUCAAGAGUUAAAAUUUAUGUUAAGACUAAGUAAAUAACAUAAUUAUCUAUUUAAAAGCUGAUUUAAAAAGUGAGUUUUAACAGCAGUUUUAAAAGUGUCAAGUUUCUUAUAUGAAUAGCAGCUGGUAGUGCAUUCCAGAGACGUAAGGUGAAUUCAAAGCUGACUGGAAGGCAUGAUUGCCAAGUGUAGGAUGGUACUUUGUACCUGGUGACAUGAGUUAUGUACACUGACAUAUUUAGAUCUUACCGAGUACCUAGAUUGCCUUACAAUGCGAGCUAGUGCAGUUGAUGACACUAAGCUUCGUUGGUGCAUAUACCAAAUUACAAAAUGCCUAAAUUUGGGUCUGCUCUUUGAUUGGGUAGCUCUUUGAUCAGAUAUAUAAUAGUGGAAGUAUCAUGCAAUUGUAUGACUACACCGUCAUUCAUAACUGUGUACAAACCAAAACAAAAAACGAAAGUAUACUUAAAUUAUUACGGCAUCACUUCAAUGUCUCACUCUGGGUAAAAUUUCAGGCCAAUAAGGGUGCCUCUUGCCAGCAAGCCAUCAUGGUUCUUAGUGAUGGGACAACGUCAAGUUUAUCAGAUCUUUUUGAAGAACAAAAUCCAGACAAAAAGGUAUAUCCUGACAAAACUUUUAUAUGGUAUGUUAAUGACAUUAAGCUUAAGCACUGUACCUCAGCUCCUUGUGAAAUAUUAAGUUAUGGUAAUUUGAUACAAAAAAGUCACAAUUUUAUACUAAUAUGUACAUUGUGUAUAUGUAAUCAAACAUGCUGAUAUGUGAUAUGUGAUAUUUAGGGAGUAAUUUCAUUUGUGUUUUGUCCAAAUCCUAAUAAUUUCCCUUGCCUCCCUAUCUUCCAUAGUCUGCUACACAGCCGUUUCUAGUGUCGUUAGUGGGGAGGAGCGUUGCGUGACGACACUAACAACGGCUGUGUAGCAGACUAUAUCUUCCAGGGUGCAAAGAAAGUCAGUUUCGCAGCUUGCCAUUUGGCCAAGCUUUAUUUAGCAUGUACUAGCCUAAGAGUUAUUUUAAAGUCCGAGAAAAAAAUAUUUUGACACGGAGGAUUGAUAACAGUUCUUCUGUAAUUUGAAUUCCGGGCAAGUUAAGAACAGAACUUACAUAGGCGUACGGGCAAUUUUUUGCCAAGGGGGGGCGGUAAUCCAUUUGCCCAAAAAAUUCUUGCAAGUUGCCCAAAUUUUUACAAAACAGUCGAAAGGAAGCUAGGGCCAUGCAACAAAAUAGGCCUUACUGGCAUAUGAAAGUGGCUCGAUACAGUUUUUCAGAGUCAAUACCUGCCAAGUUUGAGCAUAAACUACGUCGCCACAAACAAACAUUUGGAAAAAAUUGCCACCACAGUUGUAUUAGAUAAAGAGGGAAAUUUGUCAUGAUCAGGGUUGCAAUGACAUCGGAGCUGUCAUAGCAACGAAAUGACGCCACUACCUAUUAUACUUGCAGCAAUAUUUCUCACUGGGAACUGUUCUUACAAAAUCGUUCAGGGGAGCUCUUUCCUCCAAUAGUCGCCUCGAUGUUCGUGAAGUUAAAACGGAACCGUAAGAGCGUUAUCGGGAUAUUUUGGGAUGAAGUUUUUAUUGUUAGCAAUAAGGUAACAAAGGAAAAUCUUGAUGUUUAGUCGUAAUCUGAAGAAAACGGAGCGCUUUUGACAUGCAAUUUCACCUCACAGUAGUUUCAAUCUUUUUAAAAACGUGUGUGAAAGAUCAUGGAGAUAUCUCCUGCCAAUUGCUAUAAGGAAGGAUUUGAUUAGCGCUCGAUCUUGUUAGGGGUUUUGUAAACAUUUCGGUCUACUUAAACAAAUUAGUGAAUAAUUUUUAAACCUCUCGAUAGAUUUUUUUAAAAAAAUUAGGAUUCUCCUCGUAAUUCAAACUGGGAAUUAGUCAGCCACUUCACUUUCAGACCCAUUGCUGAUGCGUGUUCUGCCACACACUGUUCAAGGAGCGGAGGUGAUUCUAGAGAGUUAUGCGCAAGUUUAUUAUAAUCAAUUCACGACUGGAAAUAGCCCAUUCCAGCUAGUACAGUGAAGUACAGUGCCCAACAAUAAAAAAAAUCAGCAUAUAAUACCUUUCCCUUAUAACCAGAAACUCAUCACGUGCUAGGCAACUACUGUCUCGUGUGAACGUAAGUGAAUUAUUACGCCGACUUCUGGUUAAAAUGGAAAAUAUUUAUCUCUUCAAAAUAGUAAUAAUAAUAAUGAUAAUAAACAUGGAAACGUCUUUAAAAACUGGCUUUGCCCAAAUUUUCUCUUGCUGCCCCAAAAAUCUGCGUUGUCCAAACUUUGGGGGGGCUGCAGCCCCCCUCGCCCCCCCCGGUCCGUACGCCUAUGAGAAUUUAUACCUGCCAACUAUUUCGGAGUCAUCUUGUCGUGAUUGGAAGUUCCGAAUAUAUCCAACUGUUUUCUGAAUACUUCCAAAUGUUGCCGAAAAUACCCGAAGAUGUUCUGAUGAUUUUCUGAAGACUUCCAAACGUUUUCCCAUGAUAUAUUGCAAACAUUGGCUCAGUGGCCACAGCAUUCUCGACCCCAGAGCAUUAAUGUUUCUGACUCUGCGAGUAAGGAGCUAGCUUCCCUCCCUGGCCGUCAUGCGUAGAAGAGCUCUGAGGUCAAGAUUGCGGCCACAGGCCACAGAUAUGGCUCAGUGUGAAGUUAACUUGCAAAUGGGUAGGAUUCUCCUUGCCAAGAUUUAUGGCACACAAAUGUGAUAACAGUUAAUUGCCAUAUGAUGAAUUUUCAAAGAUACCAAUUGUUUUUAUGCAAAUGUAGAGUGUAAUACUGUGAUACAUUAACAUUCAGGUAUAAAUACUGCCAUAUCAGAUAUGAAAACGAAGGUGUUAAUUCUGUUCUUGUUAAGGUUCGCAUUUUUACUUUUGCUGUGGGUCCCCCUGCUGAAAGUACUGAAGCAUUGCGGAAAAUGGCUUGUAAUAACAAAGGUGGGCAUUACUUUGGUAAAAUAAUGUCAUUUUUUUAAAUAUACUUCCUUGGAUGUUACAACUCUCACAGGAUUAUGGUGAUGUGACAAGUUGAGCUGCAAAAACCUGGAGCUCAGAAUGUCAAAAAUUUGAGCAAAGCACAAUUUCUGCAAAAAAGUGAAUUCCUGUGUAGGUAACAAGUCCUUACCUUAUAACCUUUCCUGUUUUUAAGGGUACUUUACUCGUAUUCAAAGUGUUGGAGCUGUUCGUGAAGUGAGUGAGGUACGUUGCAUUCAGAAAUUUGUGUAAUCAUAUGCUUAUGCAGUUCAUGCUUUGAAACUAAACAGCAGCUAAUAGUGUUCUAAAACCUGCUCCAUAGUAAAUCCAGUAUCUUGCAACAGUUACGAGCAAACAUAUCUGACCAUUGUUAAAUCAUUCAAUGAGAAUCCAAAGAGGGGCGGGGCAAGGGGUGUUUCUAAAACGAAGACCUAAGACCCCUUGGACUAAAACGAAGACCCCUUGGAUUUAAACGAAGACCCCUUCGACUAAAACGAAGAGCCCAUGGACUAAAACGAAGACCGCUUGGACUAAAACGAAAACCCCUUUGACUAAAACGAAGACGCCAUGGACUAAAACAUCAUCAAUAGAAAAAAAAAAAAGCGUUCGAUCGACAGCAUUACUCGAGUAAAGGUAAACAUUUCGAGUUUCAUUUAAGCGAGGUUGAUUUGUCUUUAUGCCGGGUUUUAUUCGUUUUAUUUUUAUUUUCCUGUCAUACGCUGUUACGAUAUUCUGUCCUCUAUUGUUAAAAAAAGGACUCAUCUUUACAGCUUAAACAGUUGUUUUUAUGAUAACUGUGUUAAAAAAACAAUAAUAAAAGAAAAAGAAGGAAAAAGACAAGGCAAAAAAACGCACGUCCGACAAGAUUCGAACUUGGAACUUUUAUCCCAACAUCACGGUUUUCCCACAAAGCCACGGGGGCUCUCUCACCUUAAAAAAAAGCUUUAAUUUAAAUAAAACUGACGUCAUCAUCACCGUAAAAUAUUUUCAAAGAAACCUGAAGGAAAGGUAAGUGAUAGACUUGAUUAUCACAAAUAAAUACUGCAGAGGAAAUUCCACAACAUUCCCAAAUCGCCGUAACAAAUUACGGGAGCGGGCAUUGCCCUCAGCGGUUAGCAUCAGUCGUUUUAGUCCAUUGCGUCUUCGUUUUAGUCCAAGGGGUCUUCGUUUUAGUCCAAGGGGUCUUCGUUUUAGUCCAAGGAUUCUUCGUUUUAGUCAAAGGGGACUUCGUUUUAGUCAAAGGGGUCUUCGUUUUAGUCCAAGGGGUCUUCGUUUUAGUCCAUGGGGUCUUCGUUUUAGUCCAUGGGGUCUUAGGUCUUGAGUCUUCGUUUUUGGGUCUUCGUUUUAGAAACACCCGCGGGGCAAGGUCAGUCAAACAAAAGCACCCCCUGUCCUUCAAUGGGGUGGGGAGGGGCAGAUAAGAGCAUGUUACCAAUAGCAUUGCUGUUAAAGUGACUAUACCAAGGAUUCUGGUUAGUUAAAGUUAAUUUGUAACUCUUAAGGGAUUCAAGUUAAAUAUGCAGUAAAUCUUUGUUGUAGAAUUAUAUCCGUGCCUUGACCCGUCCUAUGGCUAUGGCUCCUAAAGAAAAUAUUACUGGCCAUACAGUGUGGACUAGUGUUUAUGCAGAUGCCUUGGUAAGUAAUAAGAAUUGCAGGAAACUGGUACUUGUUGUUUGCCCAAGUUUUUCAUGAUCUUUGUGUGCAUAAUUAAACCUGAAGAGUCUGCAUGGAGAGAGGACUAGAUCAAACUGCCUGCAGUGCACCAAAACGAUCACAACAGGAUACAUUUACAUUAUUCUAGACUAAGCUUAAUAGGCUCUUUGCAAUCAUUCUUGAUACUAUACUGCAAGGCCAAUGCAAGGUUGACAAUGCAAGGUUUCGUUAGCUUUUCUCUCUUUGCUUUAAAAAAAUGAUUUGUGACACUUUUUCAAGCAAAUAUGUAUGCAUGAUGUUAACACCAAUGUAUUUUUUGGUUGUUAUUUUUUCAACAGGGACUUGGUUUGAUGGUAACUGGUACACUACCAGUCUUUCACCGAAUUAAGGACUCAUCUAAUUGUGCUGUAAGUACACUGAAAGUACGUCUUGUACACUAACAGCAAGUGUAGCAGGUUGGUAUUAAUGUAAGCAUCUGUAUUUAACAUCACUAUGUCUGACAUUGAUUUCAACCUACUCAGUGUGCCCCUAUACAAAUAAAUGGGUCAGUUGUUACAUCUUGUGAUGCAGUAACUCCUUUUUAAAUGCAAUCUUGAGAUUACUGUACCAAAAAAUUCUCUGUCAUUUGUGAUGCUGGCGCCCUUUGUUUCCUUGUGAAAAGCACUGACUGCGGAUGGAUGACCAUGGGCUCUAAGUAUCUUGGUUUGCUCAGCCACUUGUGUCUUUUUGGAAAGCUUCGCUUUCUGAGGACUCCAUCAUUAGGUGAUAAUAAUACCUAUCCAAGCAACCAGUAUCUGUAUCCUUUGAUGAUAAUUUAAUUGAUCUGACUUAAUACAUGAUCACAUAACAUUAUGAAAACAUGCAAGGAUGAAGAGAAAAUAAUGAUGUGAAAAUCAUGAAGUAGAACCUCGAUAACUCAAACUCUGAAGGGAAAAAAAAAAUUGUCGAGUUUGCGGGGGUUUGAGUAAUCGGGAUCGACUGAAUACCGAUUAUACAACAAGAAGAGCUGAUGGAAUGACAUUCAAUUGGAGUUCGAGUUAUUAGGGUUAAAUUUUUAGUGAACUUUUGAUCAAGAGAAAGGAAAUUGAAAAAUGACUGAAAAGUGGGGUGAAAUCCAAGGGAAAUGGGACUUUGUUCGAGUUAUCGGAGUUCUACCUUGUAUUAUAACUAGAGGACGAACAAUAAUUAAAUGUAAUUGUAUUCACAGGUUUAUAAUGAACCAACUGAACUAAAUGACCACCGUCCAGUUGGCUCGUUUUUAGCACAAUUAGUAGAGCACCGUCAAAGCAACAUUUGAUUAUUGAAUCAAGACUGAGUUUGAAUGUAUUGGAUUAUAAUUCAUUUCACAAAUGGAUUAUUUAAUCUAUGAAUGGAAAUCAAUUUCCUAUUAACGAAUUCAUUAGUCUAUUAAUGACGGAAAUGCUUAACCGCUUUUGAGUGUAAUUUUUUUCGUGCAUUCAUCUAAACAGGCAAAAGAUGGAAUGGAGCAGGAGGAGAGGACAAAAGAUCACUUCUUAGGAGUCAUGGCCACAGAUGUUCCACUAGCUUACCUUCAAGGCUUCUUGUUACGACCUCUGGUUAGUUCAAUAGCUACAACUACUGGUUUAAGUUCAUCAGUCUCCUUUAAUCCAAUUGUACACCGUUGUACACGCCUAGCCUGUUCCAGCCUUCAAGAUAGUAGUGUAGUCUUUCAGUAAAAAGCGAUGCGAAAAACACCCGUGGGCGGGGGAGAGACACCAAACCCUUCCCCAGAUGCUGGCUUGACUUGUUUUAUUUGCGCAGCAUCCCUGCUUUGGCACAGGCUUAAGAACACUCCUAAAAGUUCACAUCUAUGCUAGGGAGCUUAAGCGACGACGACAUGGACGGCAUCGAGAAAAAAGCAGUAGGUUUGAUUAGCAAAACAACAACUUUGCACAUGCCUCACCCCGACUACAACGUGAAAGUGCCUGAAUUCACGUUUUGUCGAGGACGGGAACACAAGACAACAGCUUUCUUUUCUUUUCCUGAACUUUGAUACAGUCCUUUAGAAUUCAACUCCAAAAACAUUUGCCAACAUUUGACGAAGUAAACGAGAUGGAAUAAGCGCGAUAAAGUUUGAAGCGGUGCGAAUUCACUUUUUAAGUGACGUUUUUGUAGCCGUCGCCGUCGUUGUUGCUUAAGCUCCCUAAUAUGAUAUUAUAACGAAUUCCUUGGUAAUUAGCCUGCUAAAGAUUGUUUUCACCAUGACGUCAUCAAAUUCUAAAAUCAAAAUAGCGAGGCCUUCAGAAUUUUUAUCUACACCAGGCUGAAGAUGACCGAGAAAUACAUCUUUGUAGGAGUUUCUAGCCCCAUAACGUCUUUCAUUUUGAAAAUACACCAAUUUGAUUUUCUGAAUUUUCACAGUGUAUGACACUAGGGUGGUAGCCUCGGCAGAGAUGUGUGGUUAAAAAAAAGCUCCCACUUAUCAUUUUCAAAAUAAUUUAAGCAGUAAAAAAAUGCUUCUUUCGUUGAACGGCUUCAAAGUUGUUUUUCAUUGCAUGACAGGAAAACAUCCUAUACAGACAUUCUUUUGUCUUAUCAUGCGAUUUCUCCUCCCAACUAUGUGCGACAAAGCCCUAAGAGUUAUAGUUACUGCAUUGGAGACUAUGUGGUAAAACAAUAUAUAUUCACUGGAAACUGGAUAUGAGUCUUUUGAUUUCCUUUAGGUUGGACCCAGUGGAUAUAUAUUUGCAGUUAAUAACAAUGGAAUGAUAAUAUUUCACCCACGAUUAGAAAUGGUGGUAGGAAUUUACUAAAUAACACAAUUUUGUUUUAUUUUGUUUUGUUUUUUUUGUUUGCAACCCUUCAGUUACUCAGGGGCACCCAACUUCAAUUUUCGGAAAAUAUCUGUUCGGAAGACGAUUUGAGAUCUAGAGUUUUCGGAACAUUUGUUGUAAAAUUUCUUGCUUGCCUGCAUCUCUUAGGAUUUUCGAACAUUUAAAAAAUGGUAUAAUUGCCCAUUUUUCACGGAUUUUUACCCUAAAAAGAUCACCUAAAAUUUUCCGGAGCCUUUUUUCUGGCUGAACUUUUCGAAAAGGUAAGUUUUGAUCCCUAUAAUUUUCGGAUCACUACACUUCCAUCUAUGAAAUCCGAACAGAUGAAAAAUUUUUAGGGGAUAAAAAUAUGCCCAUAUCUACCGUUUAAAUACUAAAAUACGUUUAACAAUGCUGUGUUCAAGUGGUUUUGAACUAUAUUCUCGUUGGGUGUCCCUGGUUACUCACUCUAUUUCGACUCUAUUCAAGUGACUGUUAACAGUAAUGUUUAUUGAAGAAAACAUUAGAGUCCUGCAAAUAUCAGUUGUUGUUUUAGGCAGUUUGCUCUGGUGCUGGUGAAAUUAUUCCUAUAUUCCCGUUAUUGUAUACUUACAAACCCCAAACAGGAAAUAGCCUAAAAAUUGUCACUUUUUCAUUGAAUGAUACCUUUUCUUCAAUUUCUCAUUUUUUCCCAGAGGACGCAUCCCGAGAUUGAUUUCUUUAUAUUUCAAUGUUUUUUCUAGCAUGGGUACUUACAGGAUCCCCCCGGUGUCGAACUUACUUAUGUGGAGUCAGCAAAAAAUAACAGUAAUGUUCUUGAGGUACUGUGUUCAAUACAUCUUAGGGUAGACGGGAACAUCAAAUCAAAUCAAAUCAAAAAUCCAUUCUCUUAAUAGUUACAUUAUGCAAGGCAAAAUAAAUAAGGAGAACGUAUACUCCGGGGGGCAGGGGGGCAGGGGGGCAGCUAUUCCCAUGAAUUUCGGAUUGGUGGGUGCCGCCCAAGGCCCUAAACCCUGACCCUUUUUAAGGAUGAGAGAAACGAACAUUUAUACCUUAAUUGAGGCCCAAACCCGAAAAAUGACAUCCUGUUCAAGGGAAAAGCAAACACGAAGAAUUAAAUGGCGACAAACAAACGCUUGUUAAAUCGUUUUGCUGAUACUUUAACGGGCGGUUCAGUUUUAAUAGAUGAUGGGUUUCUCUUGUAGUUGGACAUUUACGCACUAGAAUUUUAGCUGAUACAAUUUCGGUACCUUAUCUAAGGAUCACGCCGGGAACACAAUCCCAAACAAGAGCAAAAAUGAUCCCCUACUUAAGGGUCGACUCUCAAAAACCAUAAACCUUAUCUGGCGGCACAUACCAAGGGAGUACACCCCCGGGCGUAUACUACAAUUACAAACAAAAACCUUCAAAGACUUCAAACACUUUUAGAAAUUUCGCUUCCUCUCAAUUCCCCGCUCCUUUUUGCAAUGUUUUUGUAGCAGCAUAAUAAUUUUGCAAUCACAUUUCAACAUUGUAGAGGGAAAGCAAAUUGCAUGGGUAUUUUAAGGAUUUUUGGCGAGUAUUGCAGGUGUGAACGAGAGGCAAAUAAUAAUUUUGUAAUUUUGUAAGUCCUUUAGUCAGAUUGUUCAUCUCUUCCUAAACCAGUUCAGAGUUUUUUAAUUUCACGUUACACAUCCUUUUCCGCCUUGAAUCAGUGUGUUGUUACAAAGAAUCAUACUCUGUCCUAUUCUCAAGGCAUCCGGGCAAUAUGUGUUACCAUAUCCUGCAUAGUUUGUAGAUGAAGUUUCUUUUGCCGCACUCGAGUAAGAACGUCAGCUAAGUGGUGAAAGCACAUUCUUGAAAUUCAUUUGUUGUUCUCUGCACAGCUCAGAAAAGCUAUUAUUGACACAGUUCCUGUUAGCGAUUCACCUCAUGGAAGUGGCGUUAAGAGCCAGUCAUUUGAAGGCUAUCAUCUGUCAGUGGACCAGGUGUGAUAGUUUUAAAUCCUUAACCCAUAAGAGUGAUAAGAGCGUCCGGUUCUUCCUUUUCAUAGCACUGCCCAUCAAACUUCGUGACAAUUCCAAACAGAGGAUCGUCAGAGAUAAAAUGCGUUGAAUUUUGACAUUCUGUUGAGUGAUAGCCAAAGGAAUAUAGUGUGAAAUGUAUAUAUGUCAUUAUUAUAUAAACACCAGUGAAAUACCUGGUGAGCUUUCGCGCAAAAACGUGAUAUGUUCACGUGUGAAAAUAACACCUUUGCUAUGGCUACAUAAUAAAUCGCGCCUUUUACCCAAAAAAACUAUAAAAGUAAAAUGGUUUGGUAUUUCAUUGGUGUUUACAUAAUAAAUAGAACAUUACUUGGCCGCUUGGAGAUACGAAAUUUCUCUUCUCGUGUUGAAAAAAUAUUUCACUCGUUCGCUGCGCUCACUCGUGAAAUAUUUUUCAACACUCGAAGAGAAAUUUCGUAUCUCCGUGCGGCCAUGUAAUAUCCUCUAUUUAUUAGGUGUAAUACACUACUACAAUCAGACACACUUGUUACUAUAUUAAAGUGCAGUCACUGUUUAGAAGGUGCUUUGUUUUGGUACUGCAACCUCAUUGUUAAUGUUUUAUCCAUUGCUGACCAAAGAGAAAAACGUUUUUAAGGUAAAGUAUGUUACUCACCAAUAAUAUCAUUACAGGUGCGAGUUAUGAAACAUACCCUGAAUUACUACUUUGAUGGGUUGAAAGGAACAUCAUUUAGGUAACACAACUAUUUAAAUCAUUGGUACUUUCUUAAAAAUACAGUGUGCUUUUCUUACCUCAUCCACUUGUUUCAUAACAUCUUGUUAGUAAGUGUAAGAAGGAACAGAAGGGAAUCUUCCAUGUUUAGUUGGGGGAGGGGGGUGAAGACUCAACAUGCAAAACAUUAAGUAACAGCUUUGGCAGAUGAAACACAAGAUAUCUGCUUUCUUUUUUUUUGAGUGAUGUAGGAAGACACUGCAGGAAAAUUGGAUUAAAAAAACCUGAAAAUGCCAAAACGUUAUAAAUCAAUUGGUCAAUAAGUUAUUUUUCAGCCAAAGAAAAGGCCAAAUUUACUAGUCUAAAAGUAUGCUUUUUUUUCUGUUGCUCCUAUAAAGUCUUGUUGUGGCAACUCCUCAGCUGGGAUACAAGUAUAUUCUGACAGGCUACACAGAUCAUGAUGUGAUUAGUAAGUUGAAGUUGUAAAUUGACUAACCUUUGAUCUUGUGUCCUUUUUUCCUUUUCUUUACCCGUGCACCAACUCUUCCGCUCCCCCAAAAAGGGAACGCCUGAUCCGGUGCGAGGUAUUAAAUCACUCGCCUUCGGCUCGUGAUUUACAAGCUUUUUCGUAUUCUCCCAACAUCCCAAGUGGGUUAUCACGCCUGUAAACCCAUAGAAAGUGUGGUCUAUUGCUUUUAUAAAAUAACUUAAAGUAAACUAUAAGUUUACCAGCAAAAUAAAAAACAGGUUUUUAACCAAUCAGAACGCGCGUACUAUCUUAGUUAUUUUGUAAAAACUGACAAACAUCAUGGCCAAAAAAUAACGUCAUGGUUCCUUUCAUUUAAAUGGUCUCUUUUAGUCAAUAUUAUUAACUGACCACGUGAAAAGUAAAAAAGAGACUGUAACAAGGUUAUUUUUUUGGCAAUUUUUUCUUUAGGUUCUUGUCAUUUCACUUCUGUUGUUUGGUUAGACUCUGGUUAUACUCUGCAUUUUCAAUGCAUUAUUGAACAAUCUCACAGUAUUACACACAAAUCCAUAGUUUAGCAUUAAUGCAAAAUACAUAGGACAGAUUGCCCAAACCAUUUAAUUGUCAUUGAUUUAGGUCUAUUUACUUGAUUUGUACUCUGCCAUAUUUGUGUUUUCUGUGAGUGUAAAUCUCGCUUUCUCAUUUGUAGUGGUUGUUUCUUUCAGCUGAGCUACAUGACCUAUUGUCUAAAGAAAAUGACAUCAGUGUCGAGAGGUGGUAAGUACGUCACUGGUGAAUGUGUAUAUGUGAAUGCAAUGUGAACUUACAGUAAGUGAAUCACAUGUCUUUUUUUUGGUGCUAAUUCAGACUGACUGGUGUACAUGUGCUUCCUUGUCUUUGUCACAGGCCAUACUGCAAAAAUGUAAUGACUGCCCAAACAAGUCCGUUAGAGGCACUGAUCCAUUCUACCCAAGCUGGAGAUGCAACACUUUGUAAGAAACUUAAUUUAAAAUAUUGUGUUAAAUAUAUAAAAUAAGUGGUUUAACAACCUAUGGAGAUUGUAAACCCGGAACCUAUUUCUAUCUUAUGAUUAGCAUGCCAUGUUUUCCAGCUUGUUGUCCUUAAUCUGUAAUUCCGUCAGCCUCUUUACCAUGCCCCUAACAGUUAUGAUCAGCUCUUUUGAAUAAAACUGUUAACUUUAUGAGUAGAUCUAGUAAAUCAAUUAUUUAGUAUACUUAGGUUUCAUCGUUCCCUUGUUCAUAUGCGAGGCAGUGGAGACUGAUAUAAACUCGAUUAUGGGAUAUGAUCAAAGGAGUCAUUACUUCGUAUCUCUGCCUCUACUCAUCUGCCGCGGCAAAAAUGCAUCUUAAAUUCGUUAAUCACUGACAAAAUCACGCGCUAAUUACAAAACGUUUAUUGAUAUUUUUUGCAACGUUGAUAACGGCUGAACGUCGUAUCUUUCAUUUGCUAAUAAGAUGUGUGAUCGGUUAUACAAGGUAACAACAGUGAAUUACUCAGUGGUCUGCUGGUUGAUGUCAACGCUACAUCUAACAUGCCAGCAGUUUGGAAACAGAAGUCAAUGUAAGUUUAAGACUGAUUAGUAAUGGUUUACUUAGCACGCAUCGGUUGUUCAUAUGUUGGAAAGCGCUAUCCACAGGAUAAAUCGGUAUCCAGUAGUCAAGUGAUAGGGAAACCAAGUGCGUUUUCCACUGGAUACAGUAGAUGGCGUUAUCCACCUUUUGAACACUGAACUGGGGCCUAAGGCGUGAUAGUCUGGUAUUUGACGUUGAGCUACAGAUCUGAUGAGCUGGGUUUGACUAGCCUCGACCCUGUGAUUGCGUAGUUUCUGUAGAGCUAUUGGACUUGGAAUUUUGCGUCACAUUGUCUUCUUUACACGGGCUUAUAUAUCAGCACUAACAGCCACCUUGCAAACAGAGCCUUCUUUGCUUUCUUCUUCUUGAUCGAGGAGGAGAAAAGGAGUUUCUCACUAAAUCGCGUCAAGCCUUUGAAGUCGCCGCAGUUUGAACUUCUGAACUAGUCAAUCUUGUCUUUUCUCAUUAAACUGGUUUUUCGAGUCCGCGCACAGGGUUCGCACGGGUCAUGGAAAACCUGAAAAUUAAGGAAUUUGAGAAUUUCAUUUUCCAGGCUUGGAAAGUCAUGGAAAAUUUAAGUUUUGUAUGUUAGAUUAGUUACUGCAGAUGACAAAGCAAGGACAAUGUAAGACAGAGAGGAGUGAUUGAACAGCGCGAACGGCACACAUUUAGGUGGAAACCAAAGUUGGUUUCUGUUGAACUGUUGAAGGUCAAAAAUACCCUAAAACACAAAAGCUUUAAAAGUUUGUAGAAGUGAAGCUAAACCGAAGGUGAUGGAAAUAGUCAUCGAAAGUCCUGGAAUUUGAAGAGCUUAAAAGAGAACAAACCCUGAGCGCAUCCAUUUAUUGUUAAACCGAUGGUCUUAACUGAGCCCGCUGUACCAAGCGUACAGCUAUUAGGUCUGGAUUCGAAAAUGUAUCCUAGGAACAUGCAGCGCAUGCUCAACAAUGAUUCAUCUCUUUCUUGAAAAAGGUCCUUCUUCUUAUGUGGCCCUUAUUGGACAUAUCCUAGAAUAAACCGUGAAUUUUGCUUUGUGAUUUGCAUGUUUGUUGAUUUCUUACGUUGUUGGUAUUUAGAUACCCCUAGGAGUCGAGCUACGGUCACAGCCGUAGAAAAUUGCGUCAUCUUUAUUUUCGCCGGUAUUUUCAAUCUGUUCGUGGAAAAAUGAUACGCAUUCGUUGAUAAAGCCUUUCCUUUCAGUUCCCCAGGUGUUAAGGAGGUGUUUGUGCGGACAUUCUGGGGUUUAACUCGGUACCUCAGGUGAGUAUAAAAACAUUUUAUAUGUAGAAUGUAUAUCUCCAGCCACAGACGUAAAUGCUUUUUUUUUUCAUAAAAAAUUUAUCCUUUUUUCAAAAGAUUGUAAUGUAACUACACCGCAGCAAAUACUUCCUUAGCCUGAGGAAACGGCCGACAUUUUGGGAUGUCACCACUUCUUUGCCCGCGAAAUGACUUCUGAGGAACGGGCGCAGAAAUUCCAUACUGAUGACGCGUUACUACCCACAUCUGGAUAGUGCUUCUGAUUGUUUGAAAUUUGCUUCAACCAAUCAGAAACUGAAGCACUACCCAGGUUUAAGUAGUGACGCGUCAUCAGUAUGGAAUUUCUGCAGUCGACCCGCAGACUUCAUUUUGCUGGGAAAAAAGUGGCGGCGUCGGGAAUCUCGGCUGUUUUCUUAGGUUAACACUACCAACUCAGUAAAGCAGGACACAAUGUCAGACCCAAAAGUUAAAGUAAAAUAGGGUCGAGGAAAUAGCUAUAUCUAGUUGAGUACUUACUUUGCCAUAUAAGGAAUUUCAUCCUUUAUAAAAGGGGUAAGCUUAUUGUUUAUUGCCUAUUGUUUAUUUAUUUUAUUUUCACGUUAAGUCUUCAGCAGAAUAAGCUUGGUUACUCUUCACAAGGCGACUUCCUGGAAAGUGUGUUUGCAUCACAGAUUCCUAAUACUUCAGUUGUAUUUUCAUCGCCAUAUCUUGCAGGUUUGGAAACAUUUUAUAGUUCGCAAAGUCCUAAGUAAUUGUCAAGGAUCGAAAUAAACUUGAAUUCAAGCUUGUCCCUCACAUUAAGCUUGCUAGCAGCCAUUGCUUGCGUGUCGUAAGUUACAAAACGACUGACCUAGACCCUUGCUCAUUGGACAAGUGUGGCAGCUUUUAAAAAAAACGUUCAUUGCCGAGCAAGAAAGUGUGCUUGAUGACUAAACGGUACUUUUUCGAGCUCUGCUUGUGCCAACUUAUUUCUCUCUGAGUUGCUUUUGCCUUGUUUCUUGUCCAAAAUCAUUUUGUUCUCAUUUUACGUUUCAGCAAAGUCAGAGAAAAACACUACAUCUGUGUUUGCUUACAAGAGAAUAUAUAAAAACCAUAGACCGGCAGCAGGUAAGAAGCAAUGUAGACUGGGGAGGGUGGGGUAAAGUCAGUAAAUGUCAUUGUGACCCAAAUAAAAAUACAAUAUAUCUAACUACGGUGAUUUUUUUUCUGGCAUAGCACUAAAUCUUGAAAAGGUUAGCUCAACUCUUUCAAGUUCUAAUCAGCCAUGUCCAUCCUUGCCAUUUGUUGCAACAGUGGACAGGAAAUGCUUUCAAUGUCUAAAUACAGUCUCAAAUAACCAAACUGAACCAUUAUUUCUGAAAUUCAAUCGAUGCGAAAAAAGUGUUAUUAUUCCACUCUUUCUAUCUACAUUUGAGAUUAUUACAUUGGGUUUUUACUCACUCUUAAGUAUAUUGCGUAGUUGAUGCUUUACUAAAGUGCUGGGUAUUUUUCAGUGCUAGGAUAUGAAAUGGAUAUGGCUAAAUUCACCAGGGAUAUUUUCGUAAAAAAUACCAAGGUAAAGUAGUGAUUUUCGUUUAGACAGCUAGUAUCGCAACAUUUCCUGUGAUCUGAAAGAUGUGAUAAUAGGUCACGAGCGUGUGACAACUAAAAGGCUUUGGUCCUCUGACAGGAUUCUAACCUAUGAUCUCCCAUUUAUCGGGCAAGCGCUUUGUCCACAGAGCUACGGAGAGACUCUUGCAGAGCAGCUACAUAUACUGGGUUGUAAUUGAUGUUUAUUUGCUUUAUUUGCUUGCUCUUGACAAGGUUGGUGGAUUCUUUGUAAGCUUUCUUGAUGGGUCAGCUAUUCAGCAAAACGGAGAACUUCAUACGAUUGUGUUUGUUGCUUCGGUUUGUUGCCCUGUAAUUAGACUAUUAAGUUAGUGUCGAUAUAGAUUAAAGUGACUCUGGAUGUUGGUGGUGUGUGCGCAAUUCAUUUUUUGUGUUCAGACAUCGAAAAACGUCUAUGCAUCAAAUCAAAGAUGUAAUAUGUUGCUUUAGAUUCAAAAUAAACCCUGUCAGACUGUAGGCCUCGAUGCAAGCUGAGAACAAAAUACCGCUGUCGCCUUGUGCACCAGUAAACGCGUGGUAGUUGAUGCAUGCAUCCCAACACCUUUACAUGUCCAAACAAAAUAUGUUUUCUUUUGGAUUAGUGCACAGGUGGAGAUUGCGAGAGUGUGCCGGAUUGUGACAGAACUGGCAAGAACGAAGUAAGUAUCAGCUUAACACAAUGUAGUUAAAAAUACAACAAAGUUGGAACAAAGUGAUCAAAGCUGCCUGGCCCCCGCCUCCGACCCCCUUUAGAGUUUGAUGUGGGGCUACAGUCAGCCCACAGCAGUCCGGCAAAGUGUUUGUACAGUGCCGCAAAUGAUCCCAACGACAAACAGUGGAGAUCAUUUGCGGUCGAGCUGGAUCAUUCGCGGUCCUGCACAGGUCUGCGAACUUGAUCUAUUAAUUCUACUAUUUGCUCUUCGCAAAAAAAAAAAAUAGCCUGCGUAGCAGGCGCUUGGAAGUAGUGGGCCUGCUACGUAGGCUAAAAAAGAAACGGUUUUCUUUACUGAGUUACUCUUUUAUUUCCGGGUUAUGAGUCAACAGGUUCUGACAAACAGUACUGUAUGCAGCAAAUUUAGAUAGUAAAAUUUGGAUUUUGUGAUCAAAUUAUAGAGGGCUUAACCUCUAAAAAGAUAUUUCAUGGUUUUAUACAUAAAUGUUUGUGCCCUGAAAAUGUCGUAAACUAGCGGCACAAAUAAGGUAAAUAUUUCUUUACACAUUAUAUAAUGUAAUAGUUUUGUGCAUAUCUUUUUUCAAAUAGUUUGAGGGUUUGUUCUGUUAUCUUCUUGAUGAAAACGGCUUUGUUGUGGCUGGCAAUGAUGGAAGUGUAAGUGUCUUCUUAUACCAGAAGUUUUUAGUUCAUUUUACUGUAAAGAUUAAAACAUAUGAUUAACAUCUGUCCAGGAUUCGGGUCUGGACCUAACGUUAUAGUUAGUACAUAUCGAGAACCACCUUAGCAAAAGAACGAAAAUGAAAGGAAAAGAAAACGUCACAAGUGAAUUCCUUGUUACUUAGCGGAUUCUUCUCUUUAAAUUCCCUCUUAUUAACAGAAGGAUUUUACCUAUGAUAUCGUGGGUGGCAAAUUGCUCCUAAAUUUUGGCGCGAAAUUUCAGCGUUAAUUUUAAUUUCAAAUGUAAAAUAACAAAAUUGUCAUUGUAACGUUAUGUGUAUCUCAGUAGCAAGAUGGCGUCUAGGUUUAAUAUUGGUUGACAGGGCAUAAAAGAUGCUGUAGAAAAUAAAAAAAUAAACACACGAACGAGCGCAAGUUUUCUUUAUUUUUUAGUCUUUUCAAUUUUUCAACUAUUCUUACGCGUAUUUUGACAAAAAGUUCAGAAAACAGUGAACUUUAAAUGUUAAUACGUUACACUUUUUAGUGCGUUGAGUUCCUGAUUCAAUGAACAAGUCAAAACUCAUGAUUGUGAGCUUAAUUUGUUACCUAUGAUAUUAAUAGUUAAUCAGAUAGUAUACUAUUCGUAGGAAAUAAUUUCACUUGCGUUUUGUCAAAAUACUAGUAAUUAGAAUUCUGACAAAAAAGGGUCACAAUUUGAUUAUGCAUACUUAUUUUUCUUUUUUAUAUACAUAUAUGUAAGAAAGAAACCUCUGGCACGAGGGUCUAAGUUUCCCUUUUUUGUGUGUAAGGAAAUAGUUCAGGAGAUUGAUCAGAUUUUAAACAGUCUGUUUGUCUGUUUUGACUUUCAGUCUGCCGGUAAGUUUUUUGGUCGAGUAGAUGCGCCUGUUAUGCAGACUUUGAUUCGUCAGGACGAAAAUAGUACCAGUGGAGUGUACAACAAGUAAGUUGACGUCAAACGUGAAUAAUAGGGACCUUUUUGAUAGUGUCCUGCGUUGCCGGCGGAAUUGUGAUGUGCGCGGUAUCGCGCGGGUCCGCGCGGUGUACUUUCUCGGCGGCGGAGCAUUUGACUUGCUCCCAAUCUUCUCGCCGCUCCGCUGCCAAAAGAAUAGUGAACUUACGCAACAGAACGGGAGAGGAAAGAAGACGACAAACCUUGUGUGACAAGCGUCACUGCAAUUUUGUUUCAAAUGAUUUUACGCCAAACUUCACUUUCCUUUAAACAGAUGUGUUUGCAAAGACCAGAAAAGACAGAAAACAUAAAUGUUGAGUGAGGAUCACGACAUACCACGCAAGUAAUAGCCCUGUCACGUUUGUCACACACAAGCGUUUUGCCCCUACCGUCCUGUUGCGUAAACUCACUAAUAACAGCACUCGCACGGGGACUCCCGCCAGCUACAAAAACUGGGACCUUACCAUCUCACAACGCAACGGCGACGCCAGUGAAAAAGUCACUGAAAAAAACUUACUUAGCGUCCUUUCAAACUAUUUCAUGAUAAUUCCAGUUCGAUCUUUUAAAAGUUUGGAAUUUAUGCUGGAGCUGAAGAGAGUGGACAACUUCAUCGUUGUUAUUCCAUGUCGUUCACUUUGUCAAUUGUUGUUGAAUUUUUCUGGAGUUGAAUCGUGAAGCACUGUAUCUAAGUUAGGGACAAGAAUUUUUCAAAAAAUCGAAAUGUUGAUUGUCUUUUUUUAAAAUCCCUCAGAGUGGUGUUAACAGAUUAUCAAGCACUGUGUGAAGAGAAAAGUGGUGUUAAUAGCAGGGGGACCUCAUUUUUACUGAAGGUUAGAAUGUAUUAAAUCAUAGGGUGGAUUCAUUUGCAAGAUACACGUGUAGCUGUCACAUUUGCCUCAUUUAAUCAAGGAUAUAAUGCUCCCAUUUUCUUUUUCAGCCUUUAUUAUCACUUUCAGCAUACACUGAAUGGUGGACGACCAAAGCUGUAUGGUGUGUUCUUUAAGUGCUGUAUUACCCUUUUGCACGUAAAACCUUACUAUUUUGUUAAAAAGUGCCAGUAUGGAUAAAGACCCUCUCUUUUUUAAUCUUUAUCCUGGUCAAGCUUUAUUUGUCACCGCAGAAAAACGCUAGUUGUUCGUCAGAGUGAAUAACCUCUUGUUAGUUAGACAAGUAACAAGUGCUUUCUUCUGUUUUUUUGUUGCUUGAUUUUAACAACUGUUAUUUCCGUCUUUAAUCCCUUAAUAGGUCUUUGCUCUAUUUCAACUUGUAUAGGUAAGUGGGAUAUACUGUUGUUGUAGCGGACGUAAGGAAUUUAACCUCCAGCUUUAAAGCGGGCAAAAAUCCUAAAGAUCCUCUAGACACAAGUAAUCGUCGAAAAACAAUGGAAAUACUUCUGUGACACUCACGCGGGCUUUGCAGGUUUUUAGUCUGCGCAAACUUGAGCACAGUGCGCAGUGCACUGUGGAUGGACUUGGGCCGCAAAGGAGUAGUGUCAUGAUUUGUUUGUCAUGACGAGUGCGAUAUAACUGAAAAUCCAUUAGAAGUGACCGCGUCAAUGGAAAUCCACUCUCGCUAAAUCUUGCAUUACUAACACAUAAACGAACGACAGGUAGGAAGCAAGCAGAGUGUUUCAUUGAAAAAAAAAAACGAGGCGACGUUCUCAUUGUAUAGUGUUGUUUGGUUGAAGUUUUUUUGUUUGUUGUUGUUAUUGUUGUUUUGGAGGGGUGAUUCCUCUUUGGAGACUGAACUGAUGUACUUCUUUUGUUUUUCGGACCCAGUUUGGGGAUCAGUGGGUGUACGUUGAAAUUCAGGUUCAAGAUGACAAUGUCAUUAUUUUCUGGUCUUUAAACUCGCACAGUAGAAGUAAACAUCAAAUAAACUAGUUUUGAUUAUUUUUUUCCCAGCUGGAUUUUCUCUGAGAACGAGGCAGUUACAGGUAUUGAUGUUGUUUUUCGUAAUUGUAACGAUACUGUCCUGUACCAAACAGGCAAAGCCCUACGAAGCAUUACUAAGCAGUCUUGUAUUAUCAUUUGCAGAGGCUACAGACGAUGUUCCAAAGAAUAUAAGCUGUGUGAAAAGAAUAACUACAUAUUAUUCUACGAAGGAGAAUAUUUCGGAGGAGGGUAAGCGUGAUAAAGCAUACAUAUAGAUGUAAUUGUACCCAUGACUUACUUUAUUCAGAAGGUAGCCCGGGAAUACAUCCGUCUGUCCUCGCUCCUGGCCGCUAAGGAUGUUUCAGGAGAGAGGAGAGACGUCUGUAUUCGCAGGCUAGAAAGAAGGCAAAACCAGAAAAUUAGCACAAUUUUUCUACUGAUACUGAAUUAUUAAACUCUUCAAAUGGUUAUUCAAAGUAGCUGACUUACAGUUUUCUUUCUUUCUUUUAACAGGAACAACUACUUGCAAUAAUUGCGAGAGGUAAGGUUUUGAAAUAGCAAAAAGGACAAGCUUUAUGAUGUGUACUCUUAUGAUGAUUUUUCUUCCCUGUUUUGUUUAUCAGGUGGCAUGCACUAUCAAGUGUUCCAAACACUAAUCUGUUGCUGGUGGUGAUUGGUCAUGAGGGUCCUGAAUGUGGACCGUGCUCUCAGUCUGUCCAGGGUAUGGCAAUUCCAGGUGAACCAACGGAAAAUAUCCUUUCACAUUUGGCCACCCCCAACAACAAAUAAUACUAGCUGUCGUAAUCAAGAUACUCAAUCAAAUUCAUCAUCAUUUAAAUUUUUCGUUAUUUACAUCUUAUCAUUGAGACACUCCUCAAAUGAUUGUCCAGAAACUGCUAAGUGGUCAAUGUUCCAGUAAGUAUGUAUGGGGUGGUUACAGUGUAAGUUUUAUUCAAGUUGCAUUUUAAAUAAAGUCAGACCUGUAUUAAUUGGAUAGAAGCAUCAGUAAAGUGCCCAUGUGUCAAGCAGACCGUCACUACGGAGCUCCCUAUGUGUGUCCUCGUUUAAUAUACCGUAAAAUUCCGAAAAUAAGCCCCGGGGCUUAUAUUUUUCAAAGGCCCAUUUUGAUGGGCUUAUUUUUGGAGGGGCUUACAUUCGGAGGGGCUUAUCUACGGAGGGAAAUUUGCGUUUCAAAAUCGAUUGGGCUAGCCUUAUUGUUGGAAGUAAAUUUACCGUUUUUGCUUUGUUUUACCCCGGGGGGCUUAUAUUUGGAAGGGUGAUUUAACAGAGGGUUUUUGGCGUUACAGCUUUGAUUGGCUUAGUUUUGGAGGGGCUUAUUUUCGGAAUUUUACGGUACUUUUUUUUAUAAUCGUUCAUUUAUAAUGGUGCUACAGAGUCACUCAGAUACUCAUCUGUAAAUGCUUAUUAUCGAAUCGUGCUCAGUAAUUCUUCACUCGUGUUUUGCAUUAAAUUUUAAGAAGGAAUACUAUGCUUUUAUAACUUUGAUUUCCAUAGACCUUAACAUAUGUAUUGUGUGAACGAAUUCCAGACUCAAAUGAUUUUGACAUUAGAAGCAAAAUAACCUGAAAUUUUCUCGUAAUUGUUGAAUCUACUCCUCUCUGUUAGUGGUUGUUUAGUUGUUGUCAUUCGAUUCUGCUGAGCAGCAGCUAUGCUGGCUGCAGGCUGCUUUUGAUGGACGCCAUAUCAUUGUUUGAUUUUCCUUGACAACCUUACUUUCCUCUGAGCCAGAACCUGUAUGCAAGGAACCUGAAUACCGCAGGCGACCCAAGAGAUGCUUCGUAUCAACUAACUCUGUAAGUUAACGAAUCAGGUUAAUAACUGAAUUUCAAUACUAUCAACUUGCGAUACCGCACAAUUCACUUUGACUUUGGUGGUGUCUCCCGUAUCGGUUGCCGUAGCCCCUGAGAAAGUAGCCAAUAUUUCACGUCGCCACUAGCGGCCUCCCCGCGAAAUGACGUCUGAGGAAUGAGCAAAGAAAUUGCUUGUCAACAACAGUCUCAUUCAGAACUACACUCAUCCGUAGGAUCAUGUUCAAACUGCUGACAUGGCAGAACUGGGAUCAAACAAUUAACAAUGACGUCUACAAAUUGCUCGUGCACACGAAACGUAGCAAUUAUUUUAGUUUUCACCUUUUAUUUGUUUUCUACUUUUUUUACAGGAAACAGGCUAUAUGUGUGGUGAUAGUCCAUUAACAAGGCCGUCUGUUCAAGUUGUGUCAGUCCAUUUCUUAUUUAUUUUUACAUUGUGGCAAAUGAUUGGCUUAUUCUGAUAAUGCAGCCUUUCAAGACACGUUAACGAACCCAGGAGGUUCUCCGUUAAUCCAUAAUUUCCAGGACAGUUACGCGAAAAUACUCCAGUUUUCUGCUUGGAUUUGAUGAUUACGAUGAGUGCAAGCAAGCACCGCAGUGCAAGUGUUGCCAGGGACAUCAUGGCUGAUAAACAACAAUCUGAUGUUUCUGCACUUUCCAUGCUUGUUUUACGAUGUGUACAUAGACUUUCUUUAUUGAAUAUUGUGGUAUUUCACAAGAUGUAAUUUAUUAAUAUUUGCCCAGGUAAAUGCGGGGCAUUUGAGAUAAUUGUCAAUCGCCAUUUUAGUUUUUACUGUGAUUUUUAUUCUACGAAAUGUUGAAUUCGACUGAGUAUUGUUUAAUUUAUUUGUGUUGUAAAUGUUUUAAAGAAAAUGGAAUUGUUUCCACUGUUGUACAUUUUUAGGUAUUUUAUCGUCGUCGCUUGAGAUACCACGGAGAUAUUUUAAAUAAGCCUUUAAGUGAAGAUUAUUUCUUUCAUUUUAGUGUCAAAAUAAAUCUUUCAAGUUAAAUAUAAACAAAAGUAUAUAUUUUACACUAUGGUAAAGUUCAAAAUUUGGAAAAGCCAGUGGUUGUUUCUUUAUUAGAUUUAAGUUAAGGUUAUUUAAACAAGAAGAAACUUGCGUUAUAUAGUUAAGAAAUCGGGACGCAAUCGACUGGAUAUAUUCUUUGUUCAACAGAAAAACUCGACUUUAUUGAACACUUAAAAUACUGAACAAAAUAUUUAUUUAUUCUUACCAUAAUUCUUAAGUUUUUGUCAACGUAGCUUUAGCUAAAAUUCCGCCAUGUUUCGACGGAUGUAAUGCCUUAAUGAAUUAUUGACGUGAUCUUGAAAUUUUCUUUAGUUGAUUGAUGCAUUUCUUUACAAUCAG